AACGCGCCGGCGCAUUCAGUGCGCGUUCGUUUUUGGCGCGCAUUAAACGUUACCACAACGAUUAAUUUAUUUAUUUACGCUAACUUAUUGUAAUAAGAAAUGUAUUAAAUUAUUUUUCUCGCAGUGUCGACAAAGUGAUAUUUUUAAUUUAUUCGUAUUAUAAUUAGUGAUUUAUUGGAAAAUGGAGUUCUUUAAAUAUACUGUGUUAUUUGCCGUUUUGUGCGGAGGGAGUGCAGAAAUUUUGAAUUUCUCUGGAGGAUUAAAAUCAAAUUACACGUUUCCUAAAGAAUUUUUGUUUGGAGUAUCGACGGCUGCCUUCCAAAUCGAAGGAGCAUGGAAUGAAGAUGGAAAAUCAGAAAGCAUAUGGGAUCACCUGGUACACACGAACAAAAGCUUUGUAAAGGAUGGGUCUAACGGUGACGUGGCGGCCGACUCCUACCAUCUUUACAAGAGGGACGCUGAGAUGGUGCACGAGCUAGGCGUCGACAUUUACAGAUUCUCCAUAUCCUGGCCUAGGAUCUUACCGACCGGCCUCACAAACCAGAUCAACGAACUAGGCCUCAAGUACUACAGCAAUCUGAUCGAUGAGCUGUUAAAACGAAACGUGACUCCAAUGGUGACGAUAUACCACUGGGACUUGCCGCAAAAGUUGCAGAAUAUAGGAGGAUGGUCGAACGCUCAUAUUGUAGACUAUUAUACAGAUUACGCUAAAGUUUUGUUCGAUAAUUUCUCCAGCAGAGUGAAAUAUUGGGUGACUUUCAAUGAACCGAUGCAGACGUGUUUGGAAGGCUACGGCGGCACGUACCGCGCGCCGGCAUUGAACCGACACGGCAUUGCCGAAUACCUCUGCGCACAUAACCUUUUGAAGGCGCACGCAAGCGUCUAUCAUCUCUUCAACGAGAACUAUCGCCAUGUUAAUAAAGGUAAAAUUGGAAUGUCCCUGGAUUCCAAUUGGGCUGAACCAAAGACUGACACACCCCAAGACAGAGAAGCAGCUGAAUUAUACCUCAAAACACAUCUUGGCUGGUAUGCGCACCCCGUCUACUCCAAAGAGGGCAACUAUCCCAAGGAGCUCAUAAAGCUGGUCGACGAGAAGAGUCUGCAACAGAACUACACCAGGUCUCGUCUCCCGAAGUUCACACCUGAAGAAGUGAACUACUUGAAGGGAACAGCCGACUUCUUUGGCUUAAACCACUACACUACGUAUUUGUUGUCCAUGGCUGACGGAGAAGUAGGAGCUAUACCGUCGCAUGCAAACGAUGUUGGUAUUGUAAGAGUGCAGGAUCCUAAGUGGCCUUCUGAUUCGUCAUCGUCGUGGCUUAAGGUAGUGCCAUUCGGCUUCAGACGUCUUCUAAAAUGGAUCACGAAAACUUACAACAACGUUCCCAUAAUAGUCACUGAGAAUGGUUACGCUGACUUCAGCGGGCUUGAAGACAAAGCUAGAGUUUCGUACUACAGCCAUUACCUGAACGCGUUGCUUCAUGCUAUUCAUGAAGACAAGAGCACUGUCGAAGGGUACUUCGCUUGGAGUUUGAUGGAUAACUUCGAAUGGGACGAUGGAUACGUGUCCCGCUUCGGUCUGUAUCUGGUUGAUUUCAAGAGUCCGAACAAGACUCGUACGGCGAAGCACUCGGCCAAGCUGUACUCGGAGGUGAUCCGCUCGCGCUCGCUGCCGGCCCACUACGACCCCGAGGACUUCACCGCCUUCUCCGGCACGACCCUACUGGCGCCCACCAUCCUCCCUCUACUGUGCCUACAUAGGCUACUCUUGUAAUAGUGUCUACAAUACUUUAUACAAAACUGUACGUUGUUACACUAUACUAUGCUAAAGUAUAUUAAACUUUAAGUAUCAAUA